AUGUACAUGUACAUCAUGUAUUACCCAUUGGACGCCAAGAUCUCGUACAUCGGACGUCGCGCUGAGCUGGCACUGUACAGUCAGGCCUUCUCAGCUUGGGAAUACCGCAACCCACAGACACUCAGCCGUCGUCUCCACUCGCUCGUGGUCAAGCUGCACCUGAACAACCUCGCAGCACUGGAAGAUGCGGCGUUUGCUAUGGAAUUGGAGGACAGUGCUGCGUCUCGCAAGCGCAAGGGCUCGAGUGACGAGCAAUCCGUUGGAAAGCGCGCUCGUUCGCUCUUCUUUGACGGCAACCGCGAUCUAUUGCAGCAUGUGUGCUCGUUCUUGGGGGCCAGAGACGUGCUGCAGUGUGCUGCAACGAGCUCGCAAGCCGCUUCUCAACUCCCAGCGUUCGUGACCUCUAUUGAAGUAACGACUGUACAGAUGAUGAAGCUGUCGUCUUCUACCCGCUCGACUUUCUUUCAGCGGUUCCCCAACCUAAAGAGCUUUUCGUUGUCGGGUCGGAUGCAAGCGCAGCAGUUCAAUUUCCAGGACGAGAAGACGCUCGUUGCUCGCAAUGUGCUGAUUCGCACUAUGCUGCGUGCGCUGAGCACCGCACAGUUGCCCAAGCUGGAGGUUUUAUCGCUCAAUUUCUGCUACUCUGAAGGCCUAAAAGACCAUGUCACGAGUCAGAUUGCCACCGUAUUGGCAGGUCCAUCGAGCAACUUUCCACGACUACACACACUGUCCCUUGUCGGCAACUGCAUCUCGGACGAUGGCGUCAUGGAUCUCUACGAUGCCAUUGCACUGCCUCGCUACGACGCUUCUCCUCUAGCACUGCUGGAUUUGUCCCAAAACUUCAUCGGUGAGCGCGGCCACGUGCAGAUGCAGGAGCUCGUGACGCAAUUCGCUAGUCGCGGCUCUGCUCUGAUUGUCAACGUGAUGAACAAUCUCCUGACCGCAGCUGCUCCCGUUGCCCCAAUGGAGUCGUUUCAGUAG